GACGGCGGCGGCAGCGGCAGCGGGAGGCGGCGGGGGGAGCGGGAGCCACUGAGAUGAGGAGGCGCCGCGCGCGCCUGUAGCUCGCGGGCCUCGCAGUUUGUUUGCCUAAUCUGGAAUUGAAGCAAUUCAACUACUGGAAAUCUGCCAUUUCACAGUAUCACAAUUGGAAAGAAGCAGGUUUUCAAAUAAUGGAAGACUCUAAGACCUCUACAAAUGAAAAUCAUGAACCAAAGAAAAAUGCUUGGGCUCUUUCUGAAGAAAGCAAAGCAGUUAAAGUUAUAUCUAAUCAAACUUUGAAAGCUAGAAAUGAUAAAUCCAUAAAAGAAAUUGGGACCAGCUCUCCAAAUAAGAAUAGUAGUAAAAAAAAUAAGCAAAAUGAUAUUUGUAUAGAAAAAACAGAAGUUAAAUCAUGUAAAGUAAAUGCUGCCAACAUAGCAAGCCCUAAAGAUUUGGGAUUAGUCCUUCGAGAUCAAAGUCAUUGCAAAACAAAAAAAUCACCUAAUUCACCAGUGAAAGCAGAAAAGGUACCUGUUUCACAAGCAAAAGCAGAAAAAUUACCAAAAUCCCCUAAUUCACCAGCGAAAACAGAAAAGACACCCAGCUUACAGGCAACAGCAACAGAAAAGUCACUUAGUUCACAGAGGAAAAUGGAAAAAGUACCCAGUUCUCAGAUGAAAUCAGAAAAGGUCCCUGGUUCACCAGCAGAACCAGAGAAGGCGCCCAGUUUAGUGUUGAAGGAAAACAUACGACGAACAGAAUUUCAGCAGAUUGGAAAAAAAAUUCCAAGCUCUUUUACUUCUCUGGACAAAGUGAAUAUGGAUGUAGAGGGAGGAAAAUCUGCUUCAGAAACUGCACCACAAUCUCAGAAGCAGCAAGCAUGUACAGAUAAUACUGGUGAUUCUGAUGAUAGUGCUUCAGGAAUUGAGGACAUAUCAGAUGAUUUGAGUAAAAUGAAGAAUGAUGACUCUAAUAAAGAAAAUUCUUCAGAGAUGGAGUAUUUAGAAAAUGCUACUGUGAUAGAUGAAUCUGCACUGACACCUGAGCAGAGGCUAGGCUUGAAACAAGCAGAAGAACGCUUAGAAAGAGAUCACAUCUUUCGACUUGAAAAACGCUCACCAGAAUAUACUAAUUGCCGAUAUCUAUGCAAGCUUUGCUUAAUUCACAUUGAAAACAUCCAGGGAGCUCAUAAACAUAUAAAGGAGAAACGACAUAAGAAAAAUAUUUUGGAAAAACAGGAAGAAAGUGAGCUUCGUUCUCUGCCACCUCCUACCGCUGCCCACUUGGCUGCUUUAAGUGUUGCAGUUAUUGAAUUAGCAAAAGAACACGGAAUAACAGAUGAUGACCUCAGAGUCCGUCAGGAAAUUGUGGAGGAAAUGUCAGAGGUUAUAACCACAUUUUUACCAGAGUGUUCACUUAGGUUGUAUGGCUCAUCUCUGACUAAGUUUGCUCUGAAAAAUAGUGAUGUUAAUAUAGAUAUAAAAUUUCCUCCCAGGAUGAAUCAUCCAGAUCUUCUGAUACAAGUGCUUGGGAUUUUAAAAAAAAGUGUAUUAUAUAUAGAUGUGGAAUCUGAUUUUCACGCCAAAGUUCCUGUUGUGGUCUGCAAAGAUCGGAAAAGAUUGCCUCUUUGUGGAACCUCAGAUACAUUCUUCUCCCUGCCACCAAAGUAUCUCUGCUAUAAUUCUGUCACCCCUUUAAGUGGUUUGCUUUGUAGAGUGAGUGCAGGAAAUGAUAUGGCCUGCCUCACGACUGAUUUACUUGCUGCUCUUGGCAAGCUGGAACCUGUUUUUACUCCCUUGGUGUUAGCCUUUCGCUACUGGGCUAAGUUAUGCUAUAUUGACUCCCAGACUGAUGGUGGAAUCCCUUCUUACUGUUUUGCUUUAAUGGUGAUGUUUUUUCUACAACAAAGAAAACCCCCUCUUCUUCCUUGCUUACUUGGAAGUUGGAUUGAAGGCUUUGACCCAAAAAGAAUGGAUGACUUUCAGCUGAAGGGCAUAGUAGAAGAGAAGUUUGUGAAAUGGGAAUAUAAUUCAAGUAGUGCAACUGAGAAAAACUCAAUUGCUGAGGAAAACAAAGCUAAGGCAGACCAACCAAAAGAUGAUACCAAGAAGACAGAAACAGACAACCAAAGUAAUGCCAUGAAGGAAAAACAUGGCAAAUCUCCUUUAACAUUGGGAACACCAAAUCAGGUAUCCUUGGGACAGUUGUGGUUAGAGCUGCUAAAAUUUUACACACUGGAUUUUGCUUUGGAAGAAUAUGUCAUAUGUGUACGGAUGCAAGAUAUUUUAACAAGAGAAAACAAAAACUGGCCUAAAAGGCGUAUAGCCAUUGAAGAUCCAUUUUCAGUCAAGAGGAAUGUUGCACGGAGCUUAAACAGCCAGCUUGUUUAUGAAUAUGUUGUGGAGAGAUUCAGGGCAGCUUAUCGGUAUUUUGCCUGUCCUCAGAGGAAGGGUGGAAAUAAAUCUACAGUGAAUUCCAUGAAAAAAGAGAAGGGGAAAGUAAGCAAUAAGAAACCAGUGAAGUCUGACAAUAUGGCAUCCAGUUGCACUCUACUUGGAGAAAGCACAGAAAAAAUAAAUGCAGAAAGAGGUCAACCUGAUAAAUAUGAUGAAAUGGAAUGUACAUCACAGAGAUGUAUUACUGAAGAUGACAGUUUGUUGGUAAAUGAACUAGAUUUGGCUGAACUUGGACAGGAAUCUUGUCUUUCUACUGGUGAAGGCAGUGAAUUAGAGCCAAAAUCAAAUAAGAAACAAGAUGAUUUAGCACCUUCAGAAACUUACUUAAAAAAGGAACUCAGCCAAUGUAAUUGCAUUGAUUAUAAAUCCCCUGACCCAGAUGAAUCUGUUGGUACAGACUGCAGGUCAAAUAUAGAAACAGAGAGUUCACAUCAGAAUGUGAGCACUGACACAUCUGCUACCUCUUGCAACUGCAAAGCUACAGAAGAUGCUUCUGACCUUAAUGAUGAUGAUAACCACCCCACCCAGGAAUUAUAUUAUGUGUUUGAUAAGUUUAUUUUAACCUCUGGCAAGCCACCAACGAUAGUAUGCAGCAUCUGCAAAAAAGAUGGCCAUUCAAAAAAUGAUUGUCCAGAGGAUUUCAGGAAAAUCGAUCUAAAACCUCUACCACCGAUGACAAAUCGAUUUCGGGAAAUACUUGAUUUAGUAUGUAAAAGAUGUUUUGAUGAGUUAUCACCACCCUUUUCUGAACAACACAACAGGGAGCAAAUUUUAAUUGGCUUGGAAAAGUUUAUUCAAAAAGAAUAUGAUGAAAAGGCAAGAUUGUGCUUAUUUGGCUCUUCUAAGAAUGGAUUUGGAUUUCGUGAUAGUGAUCUGGAUAUUUGUAUGACCCUGGAAGGCCACGAAAAUGCAGAGAAAUUAAACUGUAAAGAAAUAAUUGAAAAUUUGGCAAAAAUUCUUAAGAGACAUCCAGGUUUAAGAAACAUUUUGCCUAUAACUACUGCCAAAGUGCCUAUAGUAAAAUUUGAACAUAGACGAAGUGGUUUAGAAGGUGAUAUCAGUUUAUAUAAUACAUUGGCUCAACAUAACACAAGAAUGCUAGCUACUUAUGCAGCUAUUGAUCCUAGAGUACAGUACUUGGGAUAUACUAUGAAAGUGUUUGCAAAGCGAUGUGACAUUGGAGAUGCUUCCAGGGGAAGUUUAUCUUCAUAUGCUUAUAUCCUUAUGGUGCUGUACUUUCUGCAGCAGAGAAAACCACCUGUUAUCCCAGUUCUACAAGAGAUCUUUGAUGGAAAACAGAUUCCACAGAGAAUGGUUGAUGGAUGGAAUGCAUUUUUCUUUGAUAAAACAGAAGAACUGAAAAAGCGUUUACCUUCACUUGGAAAGAACACAGAAACAUUAGGAGAGCUUUGGUUGGGACUGCUUCGCUUCUAUACUGAAGAGUUUGAUUUCAAGGAAUACGUAAUUAGCAUUCGGCAGAAAAAGCUGUUGACAACUUUUGAGAAGCAGUGGACAUCCAAAUGCAUUGCAAUUGAAGAUCCUUUUGACUUGAAUCAUAACCUUGGUGCUGGAGUUUCUAGAAAAAUGACCAAUUUUAUCAUGAAGGCAUUUAUCAAUGGAAGGAAACUUUUUGGUACCCCCUUUUAUCCACUCAUUGGCAGAGAAGCUGAAUACUUCUUUGAUUCCCGAGUAUUAACAGAUGGAGAACUGGCUCCCAAUGAUCGAUGUUGUCGUGUGUGUGGAAAAAUAGGCCACUACAUGAAAGACUGCCCUAAAAGGAGAAGCAGUUUACUGUUUAGACUAAAGAAGAAAGACAGUGAAGAAGAGAAGGAUGGGAAUGAAGAGGAGAAAGAUUCCCGAGACCUUGUUGACGCCCGAGACCUCCACGACACUCGAGAGUUCAGAGACCCCAGAGACCUCAGAUGCUUUAUAUGUGGAGAUGCAGGACAUGUACGAAGGGAGUGCCCAGAGGUCAAGCUGGCCCGUCAGAGGAAUAGCAGUGUGGCAGCAGCCCAGCUGGUCCGCAGCCUUGUAAAUGCCCAACAGGUGGCUGGUUCAGGCCAGCAACAGAGUGAUCAGUCCGUAAGAACUAGACAGUCUUCAGAAUGUUCUGAUUCACCAUCUUACUCUCCUCAGCCCCAGCCAUUUCCACAGAACUCUUCCCAAUCAGCUGCCAUUACUCAGUCUCCAUCCCAGCCAGGAUCCCAACCCAAGCUUGGCCCACCUCAGCAGGGAGCCCAGCCCCCCCAUCAGGUCCAGAUGCCUAUGUAUAACUUUCCCCAGUCACCACCAGCUCAGUAUUCUCCCAUGCACAAUAUGGGAUUGUUGCCGAUGCACCCUCUCCAGAUCCCUGCCCCAUCCUGGCCUAUCCAUGGUCCAGUGAUCCAUUCUGCACCAGGCAGUGCCCCCAGCAAUAUUGGCCUGAACGAUCCAAGCAUCAUCUUUGCACAGCCUGCUGCCAGACCUGUGGCGAUCCCUAACUCUUCUCAUGAUGGACACUGGCCUCGUACUGUGGCUCCAAAUUCCCUGGUGAACAAUGGUACAGUGGGGAAUUCGGAGCCAGGCUUUCCAGGACUAAAUCCGCCAAUUCCUUGGGAACAUGCACCACGUCCCCAUUUCCCUCUUGUCCCAGCUUCGUGGCCUUAUGGUUUGCAUCAGAACUUCAUGCAUCAGGGAAAUGCCAGAUUUCAGCCCAACAAACCGUUCUAUACUCAAGACAGAUGUGCCACCCGUCGGUGUAGAGAGCGUUGUCCCCACCCACCAAGAGGAAACGUGUCGGAGUAAUGCGAGUCCAUUUUCUUUCAGCUGGUCUACCGAUGCACAGCAACCAGCCAAUCCUGCUGUCUCAAGGGUAUCCGUACCUCAAUGUCAGUUACAUUCAGCAGAAAAAGUGACAUUUAAUGGAAAGAAAAAAAAUCAGGUCCUGAUUUAAAAUUUUAACACGUUUAGGUAGCUUAUUUAAAUUCUAAGACUGUUUUUAAAAACUGUAUUAUUUGUAUAUAAAUAUGAACUAUAGUUUUUACUAGUAUCACCAAAUUGAGUGAUACAAAUUUCAUCUAUUUUAUUACCCUAUUUUUAAGGGAAUUUUAUGUUUUGUUUAAUCUUGAUGAAUUGUAUAAAGAGAGAAUUUAAAAAUUACAUUCUUUAUUUUCUAUUAGCUGUAUUCAUACUUCGGUUGCUUCAGACUUUAUAUAUAUUGUUCUUAAGAAUUAGGAAAAACUUUCAUGUGUUUUAAAUUUGUCACUUCUAUUCUUUACAGAACCUUGUAGUGCCAAAAACUUUUUAAAAGGUAAAAAAAAAAAAAAAUAAAACUACAACGUGAAGAUUCAGAAUUUUUUUCUUCUACAUUCUUGUAUAUUGAAAAUAUUCAAACUUGAACAGAAAGUUGCUUUUGUCUGUAUUUGAAGUAAUUCUAUUUUAAGUUAAUAAAUCUUUUUGACAAGAGUCAAA